AUGACCAACCCGGCAGCUCUGCAAAGGCUGCAAAAACACCCAGGCGAUGCAACCUUAGAAAGCGUUCUAAAAAAGCCUCACUUGCUAAAGGGAAACGGGAGCUCUUCUGAGUGCCGUUGCGAUGAUCGACCAGGCAGCUUUGUUAAGCGUACCAAAAUACCAUGGCGAUGCAACCUUAGCAGGCGUUCUAAAAGAGCCUCUGCGGCAAAGAGAAAGCGGGAGGAGGAAACAGAUGUAAAGGCCUCUUUGAGGCUUUCCAGUCAAUCUCAACGGAGGCAGUAUGUUUUGUCACAUGAAACGCUUGGUAAGCGUAACUACCGUUUGUACUGCAAAUCAGUUUACACAUAUUCGUUGAAAAGUAAGUGGAAACUACCUAAACGCUUGCAAGACAACAAAAAAGCGGCUUCAUUACAAGCGCGUCUGCGGUCUCGACAGAGCCCGCAUCGAAAAGCUACACGCAAUGCAGCCGACGCGGCUGCAACUUCCAUUCGACGGUCCCAGGAGACCACGGCUGAGAAAACCGCAUGUAACACAGCGAAGGCUGCGGCAACGUCCAUUCCACGGUCCCAGGAAUCCAUGGCUGAGAAAACCGCACGCCAUUGA